GACGCUAAUAUUCAAACCGUGCAGCAUGGCAUGCUGGGAUACCCUUCUCCAUCAUGGCGGAUCAGUUGCUCGGCUAACGUCAGCGGCUAGCAUAUUCAACAAUUGUUCCCAUUGCGGCCAUCUGACGCCUUCGAUACAGUGACGGCGGUCACGGAACACACACUGGUGCUGGGUGAGGUGAGGAAGCAACAAGAGAGCAACGCUUUGAGGGCCUUUUAUCAACCAUUGCAUUGACACAAUGGAGUGUGCCGUGGACAUUCCCUCAGGUGAGGAAGACACACCUGGGAAAGAUGAUGUGAAUGCCAAGGAAGGGACUGAGCCACCCCACAAGAAAAACAAGAAGCACCGAAAACAUAAAAGCAAAAAGAAGAAGAGGAAGAAGAAGGGCGAGAAGGAGAGCAGUUCAGAGUCUGGUGCUGAAUCAGAGGCAGAGCCACCACCUCCACCGAGACCGGUCCGGACCACCAGAGCCAGUGCCAGAUUGGCAGCAGCUGCAAGUGCCGGAGAACAUUCUGUGCUAAAGGACGAGGGCAAAAAGGAUGCAAUCACAGAUCGUGGUGACAUCGAGGGAGACACAAAGUCGAAAAAACACAAAAAACACGCUGCCAAAAAGAAGAAGAAGAAGAAAAAGAAGGAUGAAAAGAAGUCACCGUCUCGAUCUCCAUCUGAAAGCAGCUCUGCUUCAGGUUCUGACUCUGAAGGUGAAGGAAGUAAAGGGGUUACCGAGGAAAAAUGCCCUCCGGCUGUAACAUCUGACCUCCAAGUAGCAGUCACAAGACUGGCUCCAACAGCUAAGCAAGAGGAGAAAUUAGCCCCUAUUCUCCCAGAGAACCCUGAAGUGUUUGUUGCAAAGAAAGAGGAGAAAACAGAUAUGGACGUCUCUCUGACUCAAGGGAAGUCGAGUAACAGCACUGAACCAGAUGAGGAUAAAACGUCGCCCUGUCUAGUCAAGGAAGAGGUAACGCAUACAGCUACAGUGGAGGUGAAGCCAGAGGACACUCAUGGGAAUGGUGCUUUUAGUCAUGCUCAGGAACUGCCUGACAUCAUCCCAAAACAAGAAGGCACUACCCCAAGAGAUGAUUCUGGCCUCAAGGAUCAGGUCAGUUCAGGUCAGAAGUCGAAGAUCAAAGAUCAGGAGUCCUCCUUAUCUCCUUCCCUUUCUCAGGGCCCGGACAUAAAGAGGUCUGGGUCAGGUCCAAGUCGAUCACCAUCACCUCAUCCCAACAGAGAGUCUUGCAGUGAUCCAGUAAAAGUAGUAAAAGAACGAUCAAGGUCAACCUCUAAAGGAAAAGGGGCUUCUGCAGCUCGGCCAGAGUCUCGUUCCGCAUCCCGCUCUCCAUCCCCGAAAUCGAGGAAAAAGUCACUUUCUCCAAUGGGCAAGUCUCUUAAGAAAGUCAGCCGUCGAUCCCGAUCCGCAUCUCGUUCCUUAUCGCCCAAGAAGAAGAAAUCCAAGUCUCCUAAGAAAUCCAAGUCUCCUCACAGACGGAGGAGUUCUCCAUCUCCUAAAACAAAAGUGUCCCGGUCCCCAAAACGUGCUCGGAGAUCACCCUCUCGAUCUCGAUCUCCAAGGAGAAGUCGAAGGUCAAAAUCACGAUCACGAGGAGGCACAAGACGCUCAAGAACACGUUCGCCUAGAAGAAGCGGCGCCACUAGCCGCCGUUCAGGUUCUGUCAGUAGAGCGCGUCGGUCUCGCUCUCGAUCCAGGCGCCCCGUUCGUCGUUCCAGAUCACGAUCGCCGGGGAGGCGAGCCGGAGGCAGACGUUCCAGGAGUCGGUCUGUGUCUCGCCGCAGGAGGUCUCCGCCUCCCAGGUCCCGUCGGUCCCGUUCCCGAUCCAUUCGCAGGAGCAGGCGAACUCGAUCGCGCUCGGUGAAGCGCAGCCGUCGCUCCAGAACCAGAAGUCCCCGCAGAAGGACCAAAUCCAGAACCCCUCCCUCCCGAAGGCGAUCAAAAACACGGUCGCCCGUCAGAAGGCGCUCCCGGUCACCCGCGAAACGGAAUCGAUCUCCACCAAGAUCCAGCAAACGCUCCAGGUCACGCUCUUUGACUCGGAGACACCGUACAAAGUCACGCUCGCCACAACCGAGCAGAAAGAGGUCUAAAUCUCCAAGGAAGGGUGGAAGAAGAUCAAAGUCUAAAUCGGUUUCUCCAGUGGUUGUCAGACCUAAAUCCAGAUCCAGGUCUGCAUCAAGUGAGAAGUCUAGAAGCCCAUCUCCCGCCAAAUGCCCAUCGCCCCCUGCAGUAGAAGAACAGGUAGCGUCCCCCCCCAAGAUAGAGAAGAUAGAGAAGAUAGAGAAGAUAGAGAAGAUAGAGCAGGCAGCUGAAGAAAAUGAAAGACCCUCAGCCCCAAUAGGUGCGUGGAGACCCAUCGCUCCAGCUCCUCUUCCAUGUCCAGUGGAAAUCUCCUCAGAACAGCCGGAGGAGCAGCUUAAUCCCAACCACGGCAAUGAGCAGAUGCAGCAGGUGGAGCAGAUACAGCAGGUGGAGCAGAUGCAGCAGGUGGAGCAGAUGCAGCAGGUGGAGCAGAUGCAGCAGAUGGAGCAGAUGCAGCCGAUGGAGCAGACUACCGCCCUCAAUGAAGGAGUUGCUUCCAGAUCUCGAUCUGUUUCUCCUGCGCCUGUGCCUGACCCUGGUCCAGAAAGAUUAGAUCGUUUUGAAGGCUCAGUGGAAGGAGAAGAAGAAGAAGCAAAAGCAGAAGAAGAAACUCCACUCAAUAUUGCCUCUAACAGCCAAAGAAGCUCCUCACGUUCAGCUUCUCCCGAAGUAUUACAGAAGCAGCCCUCCAAGUCACCUUCACCUGCAGAUCGCAGAAAACUUUCACGUUCAGCUUCUUCACCUCGGCGUUCAGAAUCCAAGUCUGCGUCGAGAAGAAAGCAGUCCAGGUCUAAGUCUCCUGUUAGGAAAAGGGAAUCGGUCUCCCCAUCAGAAAAGAAGAAGCGACGUUCCAAAUCACGGAGUCCCGGUCGACGGAGAAGAUCAAGGUCCCGUUCUGCCGCACGGCGCAAGCGUUCACGCUCCAAGUCACGGACCAAAGCCCGCAGGUCUAAAUCCCGCUCGCCGACACGCAAGAGACGAUCACGGUCACAGAAGGCCCGGAGGAGGUCCAAGUCCACAGACAGGAAUAAAAGAUCCAAGAGCCGCUCCACGGGCAGGAGGAAAAGGUCAAGGUCGGGAGAGAGAAGCCGGCGAUCUCGGUCUCGUUCGUCCGAUCGUCGGCGAAGGUCUCGGUCGAGGGGGCGAGGGAGGCGGCCGGUGUUCCGCAGUCGAUCAUUUGACAGACGUGACAGGUGGAAGAGGGAACCCAGCCACUCUCCAGUUCUCAUCCUCCGCAAGCAGCGCCGGUCGGGGUCCCGAACACGACGCAGCACCAGCAAGACGCCGCCGCGACUCACUGAACUGGACAAGGACCAGUUACUGGAGAUUGCCAAGGCGAACGCGGCUGCGAUGUGCGCUAAAGCUGGAGUCCCGAUUCCCGAGAGUCUCCGACCAAAAGCCAUCCUCCAGCUUCCCCUGCCCACUCCGUCCCCCGCCCCCCUCUCCUUGCCGUUACCUUUACCUCUUCCAAUGGGCAUGGGGAUGCCCAACAUGCCCAACAUGGGUCCAAUGGGCCUGCCCACCAUUCCAGGGAUGCCCAUGUCCAACAUCACCAUGAGUGCCGCCAUGGCGAGCAUGACGGCGGCCACCAUGACGGCCGCCUUGACCAACAUGGGCGCCCUGGCGGCCAUGCCUCCCCUCGCCCCGCUCCCCACUAUAACAAACAAGCCUCCCCCGUGCCUUGCCCCCCCAACGCCAACUCUAAAUCUGGACCACAUCGAGGAGGCAAAGAGGAAGGUCACCCAGCAGGCUAACAUACACACCAUCAAGGAGUUAACUGAGAAAUGCAAGAUGAUUGCGAACAGCAAGGAGGAGAUGGCCAUUGCGAAACCUCACGUCUCUGAUGAUGAAAGUUAAAACCGCCAAGCCCCCACGAUGCUCCCCUAACAGUACCGAAGGAAGAAGUAAAAGAUUCUUUGUCGGAGGCGUUUCCCCUCUCUCACUUUCCUCUGUGAGCACCACAGUUAACCACCGCGACAGCGCAGGAGCACCGGCACCGACCACGGCCCCACUCCGCUCCCCGCCCGGCUCUUGCUCGCAGGGCCGACACAGGCGGACUUUCACCCGCGAUACCACUGCGACGGCUGGACACACGGACGUGUGUGCAGUUUUAUGGCUGUACAGUGAGUGUGUGUGUGUAUGUGUGUGUGUGUGUGUGUAUAUAGUGACUUUCACCACCAAUCCCUCAGUGUCGCUGCUUUUUCCGGCAGUCACUGUCAUAAAGACUGAAAACAAACCAAACUAACUAGUGGCGCAAGUAUUUUUUUUUUUUUGUAAAAGUUCUUUAGGUUUCUCUGAAUUUGUUCUACCUUUAAGCUUUCCUAAUGAUUGUGUUAAGUGACGACUGCUUCAUUGUUCUGCUGUAUUCCCCUUUGCCAUCCGUAGGCCCUGCUUUCAUCAUCAAAUAAUACCGGUGGAUUUAGAAAUGGUAGAUCCUCACAGCGGUUCUACCAGAAAGGAUUUUAGUCCGGCAGCCCAUUUUCUUUUUGCCAAGAGGGACAAAGGAGAAAAACGUGCUCUAAAUGGAUUUCUGUACAAACUCUGUUUACUCUCUGAAGUAAAGUUGAUUUUUACCAGUUUUGUGCUAUUCUUGUUCAAUAGCAUCCCGGGGUCGAGGUGCUGGUCAGCUGUGCGUCACUGAGUGGAGACUUGCCUCGCAUUGUUUAGGAAGUGGAGGUUCGACUGUAACCGAAAACUGUUCCCAGGACCCCUUCCAACCUUUUCUAAUGUUCAGUAGAUUCACCCCUCUGUCACUGUAGUUAAAAUUAAAAAUAAAAGGAAAGUAUUUUGACAAAUGAAACGCUCCCUCCCAAGCAGCAAUGAAAUGAGGCCCUCUGGACUUGGACUACAUCAGACACCUCGUCUCCCACGUGAUGUGAUUUUAUGAGCUUGAAUCUCCAGCGUGAGAGAGCCGCCAUGCUGUGCAUCCUGAGACAGAGUGACACUUUCUUCCAUUGUGUUUCUAGGGAAGGGUACAAAUUGUUGUAUUGGUUGUGGGGAAAAAAAGAAAUAAAAUAAAUGAUAUGAAAGUGUAUGAUAUCAUUUAUGAACCUGAGCCUGUUAGCACAGCCCUGGGUGUGAGUGCCUCCUCUUUGCUUUCUAGCUAAUCUUUUUACUAUAACCAGGACUUUCAUUUGGGAUUGUUGGGUUUUUUUUCACCUCAUAACAUGUUUGGCUGCAAAUUGCAUUUUUUUCAGCAUGACAGUCAUAACAUCUAUUGACAAAAUUUUUUUUUCUUUUUUUUUUGCUUGAGGAACUGAGAUGAUGGUAUUUUGAAACGAAAAGGCGAUUCUUCAAAUACCAGUUUGUAUUGCUUAUCUGUCAGAGUUUUGGCUCUUGAGCGUCAUUUCGAAGCGGAGCUGAUUGAGCGAUUUCCUUUGGACCUUAUCGACUGUGUAGAAUCAUUUGUGGUAUCACAGACUCUCAUUGAUGAAAAUCCCUGCUUCACUCUCACGAGGGAUUGGAUGACUGGACCUCGGAAUGCCAAGUUAUACGAUUCUUAUUUUUCUUGUGUAGAAAUAGGAAAAAUGCAUUCACAUGUUCAUUCAAGCAGACUGUAAAUAGUGUUGUUUUUGAUUAGCACUCCUUUUGCGUCUUAUUGUGUGAAAGUAACAAACCUCUCAGUAGUGUUUUGGUUUAGUAGAAGCACACGUAGGGAUUCAUCAUCCACCCUGUUGGAGUAGGAACGAGUGACUUGUACAGCAAACAUUUUAAUGUAGAAAGUUGCUUAUGUGCCACUUGUGAAAUGUUUUUUUUUUUUUUUUGUAUGUCAGACAAUCAGGUUCUCUGUCUUAAGCGGCUCGUUUCCAAUAACUGCAGAAGUGUAGUCACUUCAGCAGACGGAAUUGUAGAAUAUAGAAAAAUACAACAUCCAGACAUGAAACGUCCAACAAUCCCUUUUUUAAUUUCGCCCGCUCGUACAUUCAGCCGCUUUCUCUCGAUGUGUGCUACUUCCAACAUGUUUUGCUCGACUGGAACAAAGAGGAACUCGGUGCUUUUUUAGAAAACUGACUGGGAGAAGGUUUUUCAUUGGAAGGGUGGGGGGGAUUCUGUAUUGGCGUUCUCGUACCCAGGGCUGUGGAAGACGAUCCCAAGGUUUUCGUUCAGCUGUAAGCUAUACUUACCGCUGUAUGACGAGUGUUCAGCCAUUAAAUCGAUUCCCUGAGAUAACCUGGGCUAUUUUAACAACGGAAGAAAAGAAAAUGCAUUUUAGGAUUUCUUUUGCCAUUUCAUGAUGACGUUGCUUGCUUUGUACAGAAAUGUGUUGAUGAUUAUUAAACACCUCCAUGAUCUGU